ACCACCUGACAACAUAUUCCCCAAAAUACCUGUUACCAUAGAUGUCUGCAAGAUCUAGGUCUCUGGCCUGUCAGGAGGACCAUUGGUGCUGCAGUGGAAGCCAGCGGCUAAGUCUUGUGUAUGGCGUGGUUAGGGUUGCAGCCUCUCACCUCUGCCUUCCUCCAUUUUGGGCUGAUUACUUUUGUGCUCUUCCUAAAUGGUCUUCGGGCAGAGGCUGGCAGCUCGGGGGAGGUGCCCAGUGCAGGGCAGAACAAUGAGUCCUGUUCAGAGUCAUCGGACUGCAAGGAGGGUGUCAUCCUACCAAUCUGGUACCCGGAGAACCCUUCCCUUGGGGACAAGAUUGCCAGGGUCAUUGUCUAUUUUGUGGCCCUGAUAUACAUGUUCCUUGGGGUGUCCAUCAUUGCCGACCGCUUCAUGGCAUCUAUUGAAGUCAUCACUUCUCAAGAGAGAGAGGUGACUAUCAAAAAGCCCAAUGGAGAGACCAGCACCACAACGAUUCGGAUCUGGAAUGAAACUGUCUCCAACCUGACCCUGAUGGCCCUGGGUUCCUCUGCUCCUGAGAUCCUUCUCUCUUUAAUUGAGGUGUGUGGUCACGGGUUCAUUGCCGGGGACCUGGGACCUUCCACCAUCGUAGGUAGCGCAGCCUUUAACAUGUUCAUCAUCAUUGGCAUCUGCGUCUACGUGAUCCCUGAUGGAGAGACUCGAAAGAUCAAGCACCUACGAGUCUUCCUCAUCACGGCUGCUUGGAGCAUCUUUGCUUACAUCUGGCUUUAUAUGAUCCUGGCAGUCUUCUCUCCUGGUGUGGUUCAGGUUUGGGAAGGUCUUCUCACUCUCUCCUUCUUUCCAGUGUGUGUCCUUCUGGCCUGGGUGGCAGAUAGGCGACUACUCUUCUACAAAUACAUGCACAAAAAGUACCGCACAGAUAAACACCGAGGAGUUAUCAUAGAGACAGAGGGUGAUCAUCCUAAGGGCAUUGAGAUGGAUGGGAAAAUGAUGAAUUCCCACUUCCUGGAUGGGAACCUGGUGCCCCUGGAAGGGAAGGAAGUAGAUGAGUCCCGCAGAGAAAUGAUCCGGAUUCUAAAGGAUCUGAAGCAAAAACACCCAGAGAAGGACUUAGAUCAGCUGGUAGAGAUGACCAAUUACUAUGCUCUUUCCCAUCAGCAGAAGAGUCGUGCCUUCUACCGGAUCCAAGCUACCCGGAUGAUGACCGGCGCAGGCAAUAUCCUGAAGAAGCAUGCAGCAGAACAAGCCAAAAAGACCUCCAGCAUAAACGAGGUGCACACCAAUGAGCCUGAGGACUUUGUCUCGAAGGUCUUCUUUGAUCCAUGCUCUUACCAGUGCCUGGAGAACUGUGGAGCUGUGCUCCUGACAGUGGUGAGGAAAGGGGGGGACAUGUCUAAGACCGUGUAUGUGGACUACAAAACAGAGGAUGGUUCCGCCAAUGCUGGGGCUGACUAUGAGUUCACAGAGGGCACUGUGGUCCUGAAACCAGGAGAGACCCAGAAAGAGUUCUCGGUAGGCAUCAUUGAUGAUGACAUUUUUGAGGAGGAUGAACACUUCUUCGUGAGGUUGAGCAACGUCCGCAUAGAGGAGGAGCAACCAGAGGAGGGGAAGCCUCCAAUAGUACUCAAUAGUCUUCCAUUGCCUCGGGCCAUCCUGGCAUCCCCUUAUGUGGCCACAGUCACCAUCUUGGAUGAUGACCAUGCAGGCAUCUUCACUUUUGAAUGCGGCACUAUUCGUGUCAGCGAGAGUAUUGGUGUCCUGGAGGUCAAGGUUCUGCGGACAUCAGGUGCCCGGGGCACAGUAAUCGUCCCCUUUAGGACAGUGGAGGGGACAGCCAAGGGUGGUGGUGAGGAUUUUGAAGAUGUAUACGGGGAGCUGGAGUUCAAGAAUGACGAAACUGUCAAAACAAUUCCCAUCAAGGUAAUUGAUGAUGAGGCGUAUGAGAAAAACAAGAAUUACUUCAUUGAGAUGAUGGGCCCCCGCAUGGUGGAUAUGAGUUUGCAGAAAGCGCUCCUGUUGUCUCCAGAGGUGACAGACAGGAAGCUGACUGUGGAGGAAGAGGAGGCCAAGAGGAUAGCAGAGAUGGGAAAGCCAGUACUGGGCGAACACCCCAAAGUAGAGGUCAUCAUUGAAGAGUCCUUUGAGUUCAAGAAUACGGUGGACAAACUGAUCAAAAAGACAAACCUGGCCAUGGUUGUGGGGACACAUUCCUGGAGGGACCAGUUCAUGGAGGCCAUCACAGUCAGUGCAGCAGGGGACGAGGAUGAGGAUGAGUCAGGGGAGGAGAGGCUGCCAUCCUGCUUUGACUAUGUCAUGCAUUUUCUGACGGUCUUCUGGAAGGUGCUGUUUGCCUGCGUGCCCCCCACAGAGUACUGCCAUGGCUGGGCCUGCUUCGUUGUGUCCAUUCUCAUCAUUGGCAUGCUUACAGCCAUAAUUGGGGACCUGGCCUCACACUUCGGCUGCACCAUUGGCCUCAAAGAUUCAGUCACAGCUGUGGUGUUCGUGGCAUUCGGGACCUCUGUGCCAGACAUGUUUGCCAGCAAAGCCGCUGCCAUCCAGGAUAUGUACUCUGAUGCCUCCAUCGGCAACGUCACGGGCAGCAACGCCAUCAACGUCUUCCUGGGCAUCGGCCUGGCCUGGUCCGUGGCCGCCAUCUACUGGGCCCUGCAGGGACAGGAGUUCUACGUGUCCGCCGGCACGCUGGCCUUCUCGGUCACCCUCUUCACCAUCUUCGCGUUCGUCUGCAUCAGCGUGCUCCUGUACCGCCGGCGGCCCCACCUGGGCGGGGAGCUGGGUGGCCCCCGCGGCUGCAAGCUGGCCACGACAUGGCUCUUCGUGAGCCUGUGGCUCCUCUACAUACUCUUUGCCACGCUGGAGGCCUACUGCUACAUCAGGGGCUUCUGAGCUGCGGAGUGGGGCCUCCGCAGCACAGGCCUCGGACUUCUCCUAAGAGAAGGGCACUUGGCCCCGGGACCGCGCGGCCUGGGCCUCCGGCAGAGGCGGCGGACCGAGCCCCAGGACCCUCGCCCCACCCAGGCCCCGCCGGCCGCCCACUGGAAGGGCAGAGUCUUAACCCAUCAAACACAGCGGAGGAAACACCCACCUGACAAAGCAUUUAAUUCAAUACAAACCAACAACAGCAACAAAUCCACCUCCUCCCUGUCUCCCCAAGCCCUGGCCCCCGUCCACAGCAGAGGUCAGGCCCUUCCACCGCCUCCCGAUUAUUCCUCGGCUUCUCCCUCCCUGGGGGCAGGGCGUCCCCUGUCUUUCUGGGUCCCGCACAGCCCUGCUCCCUCCCGCAGCCCAGCCCGCCGGGGGGGACGGCAGGCCCAGCCCCAAGGCCCCUUUCCGGUUCUCGGUUCUCGGUUCUCUUCUCACCUCACCGUAGCCAGGACUGCUGGCUUUCCCAUCUGGCGUCGCUCAUUAGCUCAUUGUUCGUUCCUUCCGUCUUGUCUUUCUGAAGUUAGUAACAAAGGUGCUGUGAAGGAAUUCACGGUGCGUCGUUGAUGACAGGUAGAGGCGAGGUCUCUCCACCGCCCCCCUCCCCUCUCCCUGGUAGCACUGUCUCUGUGGCCACCUGCGCACCCCCCCCCCCCCACUCCGCUUGUCUUCUCCGUGGGAGAGUGAUGGCCUCUGGCUGGAAGUGAGUUUGCAUGCCCAUGAGGAGCGCUGGAGAUCAGGGGGCCGGGGCAGGAGGAGUGUUACAUGCUUUCGUCCAAAUCCAGUUUAAAAGAAAAAAGUCUGGUUCCCUUCCCUGCCCUUUCCAAUUGCUUCUGUCUGUCUCGUUGUGUCCGUGUCUAUACGUUUAUCCUUCUGCAGGAAGACCCACCACGUGGGAGAUGUGGGACAAAAAUAGGAAUGGUACGCUAUGACCAAGGGCAGCUGGGGAAAAACAAAAGGGAUAGAUGGCUUUCUUGAGUAUCUUUGGCUUCGUAUCUGAGGCUGAGGAGAAGAGCUGUCCACCUCGUGAGAUCUUGAAGAGGAAAGGUUAUAUUUAAAAUGUCAGUGCUUCGGAGAAAUGUCAGCGUCACCACCCCCUCACUUACUAACGUGCCACACUAAGAGGUCUGACUGUAUUUCUUGAGGUACUGCGAACACUGAGAGGUUGAUAAGAAAACUAGGGGCUCCUUCCACCUCUCCUGAACCCUCAGGUCAUGUUUGAAAGCAUUUUCACGAGAUAGGAACUGGAAUUUCUCAUCUCUCCCACAUUCCUGCUUGUUUUUAAACCUCAUGAAGCUCUUUUUCCAGCCUGUGGGCUAUUUCCUGCCCCAGUAAAGAGGCAUCUUAGUUGCUAUCAUCCCACGGAGCCUGGGUUUAUAGAAAGAGAGAUUGCCGUGGCCUACAGACCUUCUCCCAACAAAUUUGGAAAGGACCUGGCUUUAAAAUACACACACACACACACACACACACACACACACACCAACACACAUAUGAAAUCAUCACAAAACUGCCCACAGAUCUUUAGGCUUUCUGCAUUGACAUAAAUACAUUUUUUAAGGGGAAAAAAAGAGAAAUUAAAAAACACCUGUUUAAUUUUAAACACAUUUUUUUCUUAAAAAAAUAACUAAAAAAGAAACAGUGCUCAUGUCAUAAGCUAUGUUGACAGUUGCCAGUGGAAAUGUUGGGUUGGUUUAAAAAAAAAUAAAAGCUAUACUUAUAUCUCUCUAAA